CCUCAUCUUUUUUCCCUCAUCUUUAAAUUCAAAAAAUCAGUGGCAUUUUCGCAAAUACACGCCGAUCCAGGUCCACUUCCGCUUCUGUCCCAAUUCAAUAAACCCUCUUCUCUCUUUUCAAACUCCCAAUUCCCAAACAAUAAGACCCCCAAACCCUCAUUCUCUCCAUUGCCAUCACAAACCCUACGCUUCGGUUAUCUAAUCCAAAUCCAAAUCCAAAUCCAAAUCCAAGACGAUGUCGUAUCGACCUUCCGCCAACGCCAGGACCGAGGUUCGUCGGAACCGCUACAAGGUCGCCGUGGACGCCGAUGAAGGUCGCCGUCGCCGAGAGGAUACCAUGGUGGAGAUCCGAAAGAGCCGUAGGGAAGAGAGUUUGCAGAAGAAGAGACGCGAGGGUCUCCAAUCGCAGCAGAUUCCUUCGUCACUUCACUCUACUGUAAUAGAGAAGAAGUUGGAACACCUUCCAGCCAUGGUUACAGGUGUUUUCACCGAUGACAAUAACAUGCAGUUAGAGGCCACAACUCAAUUUCGGAAGUUGCUUUCAAUUGAACGUAGCCCACCAAUUGAGGAGGUUAUUCAAGCUGGUGUAGUUCCACGCUUUGUUGAUUUCUUGAUGAGGGAAGAUUUUCCACAGCUGCAGUUUGAGGCAGCUUGGGCUUUGACAAAUAUAGCUUCUGGAACAUCUGAAAACACUAAGGUGAUAAUUGAUCAUGGUGCUGUCCCAAUUUUUGUAAAGCUACUUGGUUCUCCCAGUGAUGAUGUCCGUGAACAGGCUGUUUGGGCAUUAGGAAAUGUUGCUGGAGAUUCACCUAGAUGCCGUGAUCUUGUUCUCGGUCAUGGAGCUUUGCUUCCUCUAUUGGCACAAUUGAAUGAGCAUGCCAAGCUUUCUAUGCUAAGAAAUGCUACCUGGACACUAUCGAAUUUCUGCAGGGGGAAACCACAGCCUGCUUUUGAUCAGGUUAAACCUGCACUUCCUGCUCUUGCCAGUCUUAUCCAGUCAAAUGAUGAAGAAGUCCUGACUGAUGCUUGUUGGGCACUUUCAUAUCUUUCUGAUGGUACAAAUGACAAAAUUCAAGGUGUAAUUGAAGCUGGUGUUUGUAGCCGGCUUGUUGACCUUCUUUUGCACCCUUCCCCUUCAGUGCUUAUUCCUGCUCUUCGUACUGUUGGAAAUAUUGUUACAGGAGAUGAUUUGCAGACACAGGUCAUCAUUAACCAUCAAGCUCUCCCACGUCUUCUGAAUAUCUUGACUAAUAAUUAUAAAAAAAGCAUAAAGAAGGAAGCAUGCUGGACCAUAUCAAACAUCACAGCUGGGAACAAAAAGCAGAUUCAGGAUGUAAUUGAGGCUAGUAUAAUUGCUCCUUUAGUCCAUUUGCUUCAAAAUGCUGAGUUUGAUAUCAAGAAAGAGGCUGCUUGGGCAAUCUCAAAUGCUACUUCAGGUGGAUCUCAUGAACAAAUCAAGUUCCUGGUAAGUCAAGGGUGUAUUAGGCCCUUGUGUGAUCUUCUCAUAUGUCCUGAUCCUAGGAUUGUGACAGUUUGUUUGGAAGGGCUUGAAAACAUCUUGAAGGUAGGAGAAGCUGAGAAAAAUGUUAGCAAUACUGAUGGUGUGAAUCUAUAUGCUCAAAUGAUUGAUGAUGCUGAGGGGUUGGAGAAAAUUGAAAACCUCCAGAGUCAUGAUAACACUGAGAUUUAUGAAAAGGCAGUGAAGAUUCUUGAGACAUACUGGAUGGAGGAAGACGACGAGACUAUGCCUCCAGGGGAUGCUUCUCAAUCAGGGUUCAACUUUGGUGGCACUCAACCACCUGCGGUGCCUUCUGGUGGAUUCGACUUUAAUUAGAAGGAGUUUUGACUGGUCUAUCAGUAAAGUCCUCCAGUUUGACAGUCCAACAGUUUGGGGUCAAGUCAAUGUCCUUUGAUUGCCCUUGGCUCCUACAAGGUUCAGCCUUGGUAAAUAGGGGGUUGCUGGACCAGCGUGGGUUUUUGAAAUGGCUGGUUUUACAUACACCAUGGGGACAGAUGGGUUGUGGCUUGAUUUCUUAGCCACACAAGAGUUAUAUAUACUAGAGUUUGCUUUCUGCCAAGUGAUCAUUCCGAAUGAUUUGGCUUUAUAGAGUUGUUGUGAUCAUUCUGGAUGUUUUGACGAAAUACCAAAUGCUGCUAUCUUUUGCUUCAUAUUAAUAGUUACAAGAUGGAAUUUUUCUUUCACCCUUUCCUUGUAAGUUCUUUUGAAGUUUACCGUAAAGUUCUAUUCAUUAUGUUCUUUAGGUCUCGUUCAGGUUCGUAAUGUAAUGUUUACUAAUCUGGUUUAGGAAAGAAGUCUUACACUUUGUUCUCAGGCAUUAUAUUUGGUUACAGUGUGGGAUUUUCUCUUCCACUUCGUUA